UUUGUUGUCAAAUACAAACGUUCAGUUCGCCAUGAAUGCUUACCUCUCUCGGUGUAUUAUUAAAGGACUAAAGGUGAAUCAUUCACUUUACAGUUUAUAUCAAUCAAUAAGUCGCGUUUACUAAACCCAAUUAAUAACCGCAAAUAUUACAUUGACAACCAGAAAUCUUCUGAAAUAUCCGAAAGUUAAAGAUAUUGUGACUAAGGCAGUCGCAGGUGUUGACGGUGAUGCCUAUGUGAUAGGAGAUUCUGAGAGGGCGGACGGCUCACAAUCUGAUGUGUUAUAUGUUCCGUUAAAUGAAUUACUUGGGCAUGCCCCCAUCAUUGUCGAAGUGCAACAUACAGUGAAUUUUGCCUUCAUACAUCGAUCAAUCAAGUAUUGUACCUUGGCCUAUCAAAGGUUCAAAACAUUGCCGGUGUUGGUUGUUUUUUGUAUAAAUGAAACAAGUGGCAUCCUUGAGAAGCUUAUAAGUCCAAGUAUCUUACCAUGCGCUAUGGAUGUUCAAUGCGGCCUGUGGGCCCGAAAAUGCCACCUUAUCAAUGGAGGUCGUUCUAAAAGCACAGUACUAGAACACCAAACGGGCGCUGAUCAAUUGGGAGAGAGGGAGAACCGAAAAACUACAAAUACUCCACAAACUCUUGCGCGAUUUUAAAAUUUUUGGAUGAGACCAGUGGGUUUAAUCGUUCCCUCUCUUCUGACUUAUCAGUGCACGUUGGAUGUUCUGGUACUGUGGUUGUUG